GCUUCAGGUUCUUCAGCUGUUUCUGCCUCAUUUUCUCUACCAUGUACAGGCUUGAGCUGAGUUAGUAACUGCUGGUUUCUGCUGGCCAACCUGUUUUGGUCUCUUUCUCCCUGGCCUGUGGGCUUGCCCUUAAGGAAGGGGUAGAGCAUCUCCUAGGUAGUCCUCCUUGGACAACACUGUUUUCGGAGACAGGAAGGGCAAAGGUAUAAUCACUGACAGAACUCCCUGUGGUGUGGGAGGCAGCAGGAGUGUAGGAGGAUCUGGCCUCUCAGGAUCACCCAGCUCCCCAGGGCUGAGCAGCUGUGUGGAUGUGUCAAGGGCUGGCAGUGCCCCAGUUCUUCCACUUCUCUCCCUGGGACAACAACUAUGCACAGACAAGGGAUGAGACUGUGACACCUCCCUCCUUUGGUCCUCAAAUCCCAAUUUACCAGCUAAUAGGGCAUUGUUUUCUGGCCUUGUCCUUUCCUUUCAUUCUCCUUGCUUUUAGGCAGGGAGGAAUCUUGUCCCCUUAACAAGAUGGAAGAGGGAUAGCAGACGAGCGUGGGCAGCCAAGGAAACCAGUACUUCUGGAGAACUACACAAAAGCUGGUGUCACACUCUUAGUUCAGUGCUUCGAGGUUAUGACGGGGUUUCACUGAAGUCAUUUGUCACGGAUGUGUAAAGACUGCUUGGGACAAAGGCUCUUGUAGGCAUAAAGAUACAUAUGAGAUUGGCUGGAGGAACACCGUGGUCUGGAGCUGUCCCCCUUCCGUCCCGGUUCUCCUGGGCGCGGGCCCCUCUCCCGGCCACAUGCGCUCCCCCCCCAGCCCCCAGGAGGCGCUGUGGACGAAGCCGCCGCUCGGCCGACGGCGUCCCGGGGGAGGAGCCGCUCCUGCGGCCGCGGCCGCCUCCGCAAUCACAAACCCGGAAGACACUCCCCGGCAGCUGGGAGUGAGCGGCCAGCCCGGCCCGGCCAUGCAGUCCCUGGAGGUAGGUCUAGUUCCCGCUCCAGCGAAGGAGCCGAGACUGACCCGCUGGCUGCGGAGAGGCAGUGGAAUCUUGGCGCACCUGGUGGCUCUGGGCUUCACGAUCUUUCUGACUGUGCUGUCCCGGCCAGGAACCAGUCUUUUCUCGUGGCACCCUGUAUUCAUGGCCUUGGCGUUCUGCCUUUGCAUGGCUGAGGCCAUCCUACUCUUCUCACCUGAGCACUCCCCAUUCUUCUUCUGCUCCCGCAAGGCCCGGAUCUGGCUCCAUUGGGUGGGGCAGACCAUGGCUAUCCUCUGUGCAGUCCUAGGCCUGGGCUUCAUCAUCUCCAGCAGGACCCGCAGUGAGCUGCCCCAUCUGUCAUCCUGGCACAGCUGGGCAGGGGCUCUGACCCUGCUGGCCACUGGCGGCCAGGCCUUGUGUGGAUUCUGCCUCCUCUGUCCCCGGGUGGCCAGGGUCUCGCGGGUGGCUCGUCUCAAGCUCUACCAUCUUACCUGCGGACUGGUGAUUUACCUGAUGGCCACUGUAACAGUGCUCCUGGGCAUGUGCUCAGUGUGGUUCCAGGCCCAGAUCAAAGGAGCAGCCUGGUAUUUGUGCCUGGCACUGCCCCUCUACCCAGCCCUGGUGAUCAUGCACCAGAUCUCCAGCUCCUACUUGCCAAGGAAGAAAAUGGAAGUGUGAGUUCCUCCAAACUCUGAAUCCAAGUGGGAUGCUUGCCUUGGACUUCCAUGGUUCCUUUGGUGACCUUCAAGGGACUACUUUCAGAAGUAGUAGGGUUUUUGUACUUCUUGGCUGGACCAAGGACUGCAGAAACCCAAACAGCUAUUACAGAGGUGAUGACUCUGGGCCAGAAUGGGGACAUGUAUGCAUACAAGUGGAAGGAAGUGGGGCACUUAAGUCUGUAAGCCUCCACUCUUGAUGGGAGACAGGAAUAUUGGGUGGUGGUGGAUGUGGAGGUCAUUUCUUGCUUGUGUGCCUGAUGAAGAGUUGAAUUCUUGUGAGUUAUGAAUGAUAGUUAUGGAUUUUCAGAUGACUUUUGAGAAAGUGGUGUGAUGUAAUGGAGAGAGUCCAUGGGUCUUAUUAUGGAUUAUGGUUGUCUUAGGUUCUGUUGUGCAACCUUAGGCAAGUUGCAUGUCUCAGGACCUCAGUUUCCUUCUCUGCAAAAUGAAUGAAUGAUUCUAAAUAAUCUGUAAGUUUCUCCAUCUCUAAAAUUCAGUGGCUGUCAGGUUGAUGUCACAGAGUAUCCUCCCAGCUCUGGACUAUGGGCUGGACUACUUGGCAGACUCAGGAUGUGAUUCUUAACAUUCAUUCUCCCCUUACUCCCUGGAGGGACAGUUCUGCCCUCGUGUCCUUUCAGGAAUCUGUGCUGAUUUGGCACAUGGACCAGGGCACAAGGCGUCAGGCCCUUGGAGAGAAGGAGCCCAGGUAAGGGUCUCCUGGACUCUAGAUAGUAAAGGCACUAAAGUCACUUUAAAGCUUUUAGAAAAACAGAAGGGCAUUGACUUAAUUAACCAAGACUCCAGCUCCUGGCUGCAACAAUGGGAAAGAAGAUGAGUCCAGCAAACAACUUCUUUCAGCACACCUCUCAGGAGCUCCAUCAGGAUCCUGGCUUGAGAGCUGCAGGAUGUGGGUGUGCCCCUUCUUCUGACCCAUUCUCAGGGACAAAACAGUCUUGGCCAUCUCAUGUUUUACCCUUCUUAAGGUUCAGUUUCUUGCCUUAGCACACAGCUUUGUGGAGCUGUUCUGAGGGGUGGAUGGUCACUUUUAGAACACAAUAAGGGUCAAAGAAGUGGGGCAGGGUUCCUCUGAUCCAGGAGAAACAAGUACCCUUGGCUCCCCUUCUCUCCUUAUCAUUUAAGCUUACUGCAGUUGUCGGCUCUUUGCCAGCUUUUUGGCCCAAGAAGGGGGCUGAGUUUGGUGCCAGCUGGCAGAUGAAGGCUGGACUUCUUCCCUGCAUAGACCCUUUCUUGUUCCAGGCUGAAACAAGUUCCCCAGACUGCCCUGGGUGACAAGGCCUGAAUGCCAGACUGGUUAACUGUGGUCUGACUCCGUUGGGGAGAUGGGGCCACUAUAGAUCAUGGCAAGGACUGAAGACAGCUGAGCCAGGAAAGCUGUUGUUGAGGCAGAUAGAGACAGCUCAGUGGAAAUUCUGGGAGGCAUGGGGUAUAGAGGCUGGAGCUCUGGUUCCUGAGAGCCAGUAUUUUGGAUGUCCAAGGUCUUCCAAAUAUUCAGAACCUCUUCUCUGGGUGCCUCAGAGCAGGGAGGUUGGUGUGACCCAAAACUAUGGGUAUAGGGGCUGCGAGUGCAAAAAUGUCCUCUAAAUGGACCUCACUAGGCUCCUCCUGGGUCGGAUGGCAUCUCCCAAGAGCUCGUCAGGCUCAGCAUCUAAAGGCUGCCCUCUGUGCAGGGGAUGAUUGUUCCUAUUUCCUUCAUUGCCUUCUCUCCCCCUCUGAAACUGUCCCAUGGGGUUUGAACUGGAAAGAAAUGGUUACUGGAGCUGCAUGGAGGAGAUUCUCACCUAGAUCCCACCUGAUCCCUGGAGUGCCAGGGAUGUCAUUUCUCCUCCCAUUGUGCUUCCACCAGCCCCAGUUUAGAGGUCUCAUCCUGUCUACAGGACAGUGAGAGGGCUGGGUGAGGUUCACCAGCUUGCUUUGAGCGCCAAGGAGACAAUGCCAUAAAGCCUGAGCCUGCCUGAGGUGUUGCCUCCUCCCAGGUGGUGCGGGGGCUGGCGGGCGGGUGGGCAUGCUGACAGCCGGCAGUUUGCGUGGGCUGUGCCAGCUGAUGUCUAUUCCCAGCCCUGGGAGGAAGGGGGAAGUCAUUUAUAUUCUGCAGGAGGAAGGAGCCCCAGCUGUCACCUCUCUGACCGGUGGGCCUGGAGGGCAGGGGCACAGGGCAAAGAGGAAGGCACAGGUGGGCAUCUCCUGCUUAGCAGUGGCUGGCUGCAGUGUCGGGAGUAGGUCAUCAGGGGGAGCCCUUUCUGGCAGACUAGAUUGGGAGGGACUUCCCUCCCCUCUUUCCAUCUGUCCUGUCACCACCUGCCCUCACAUCCUGGGGCAGCAGCUGGACAGGCAUUAGACCUCAGUUCCAGGGCAGUCUUUCUCCAGCUGGGAUCACGGUGGCUGCAGGCUGCAUAUGCCUCCUGCUUGUGUUUCUUUGCAUCCACCCCCGUUUUCCACACUCUCCUGUCUCCAUUUGAGAUACUAGCUGGACUCCUCAGCAACGAGUCAGAGGCCUUGGGGGAAAGCAAAUGCCUGCCCUUUUGCCCUUGUCCCUAUGGCUAGGGAAAGCUGCUAGUAGUCAUCCUGUUUUGCCUUUUUUAAAAAAGCCAGGGUGCUCAGAUUAAAAUCUGCGAGUCAUUUGCACAGAUUUGCAUAUCAAGCUCACUAAAUCCUGAUUCCAAGUGUGAUGAUUUCAAACUCAGUCUUGAGGACACUAGAAAUAUAGUGGGUUUUUUAUCCAAAUGCAGAAUGAUAAUGGGAUUACCAUUCUGGGUUUGGAUGUCCCUUGGAAGAAAGCCCCCAUCUUUCCCAUAACCACCCCCUCCCUAAGUCCUGUCAUGCCUUGGGGUGGUGUUGAAUGGCAGAAGCUCUUGUCUGGGGAAAGUGUUCCAGCCUCACCUUUUGGGCCCAUCAGCUGCACGGAAGGUGGGCUGCUGUCUCUCGCCAGCCUGUGCCUCCUGUCUCCCCUCCCUCUCACAGGGCAGUCCACCCCUCCCCACUCCCUGACACUGGCCUGUCCCUUCUUUCUCAUUGUCCCCACCCUUCCACCCCGGUGCAUGGCUUCUGUGGGUCUUGCUUUUGAAGCCUCACUGUGGGAGAGCCAGGCAUCCUCCCUGAGCCAGCUGGCUGCUGUGCUCAGGCCUGUUCAGAGUUAAUAAUAAUCAUUAGCUGAAUGGUGCUGGGGCCUUUCAGCUCCAGAUCUCUAAGCACUUGCAGGCUGAGUCAGCCAGCCCUCACCCCCCCUACCCCCCUUUCCCUGGGCUGCAGAGUGUAACAGAGUGGGGAGGAAAGGGAGUCGGGAAUCUUGUGUCCCAGCUACGGCUGGAGGCUUCUCUUCUCUGACAGUGGGCACUGGGAGUUGAGUAGACUAAGGAGGCCUUUGCACCUGACAAAGGUCAAGAUGAAGGGAACACAGUGUUGCAUGGCUGAGACUGGCAGUGGCCACUGUUGACCCUGGCCUUCUAGUACUCCUGCUCUUCCUUCAGUGUACCUGUCUUGGCCUCCAGAGGACAGCCCUGGUCCUGACACCCCAACCUCAGCAUUUUGGUGCCCUCCUGCAAGCUUAGGGAGCAGGGAAGCUUCUGGUUGUGUGCCCCUGAUGCCCCUUUGUCUGGCUGGCAUAGACAGCCUGUGGAUCAUGGACUGAAAAGUGUACUGGUCUGGGAGUUAGAAGAUCUAACUCCCAUGUGGCCAUGGGCAAAUCAUGUACUGCUUCACCUACCUCACAGGGAUGUUGUGAGGGUUAGAUGAGAGAAUGAAUGUUAACAGGCAUUGAAAAGUACCAAGCAUUAAAUGAAUGUAAA